GCAGUUGAGAUUUUUACGACGCUUGGAUGCUACUCCUGACAUGGAGAAGAUUGAGGAACAGUUUGCUAAUCUGAACAUUGUUAAACGUUCCUCAGAAACUAAAGAGCCUGCUUACUUGCUUGGUAUAGAUACAUCAAAAGCUAUACGAGCAGAAAAAGAAAACUUGGUUGCUGUUUUAUGUUCUAAUGGAUCAAUCAGAAUAUAUGAUAAAGAAAGGUUAAACAUACUACGAGAAUUUAGUGGAUAUCCUGGACUUCUUAACAGAGUUAAAAUUGCAAAUUCUUGUGACAGUGUAUAUUCCUCAUAUACCGAUGGCACUGUAAAGUGUUGGGAUGCUCGAUUAGCCAGUGAAAAACCUGUCCCGUUCAAGGGUUACCCUUCCAAUAGUUUUAUUAGUUUUGAUAUCAACUGUAAUGAUCAUGUCAUUUGUGCUGGUACAGAAAAAGUGGAUGAUGAUGCAUUGUUGGUAUUUUGGGAUGCAAGAAUUAAUUCUCAGGAUUUGUCUACUACUAAAGACCCACUUGGAGCAUAUUCAGAGACUCAUAGUGAUGAUGUCACUCAAGUGUGCUUCCAUCCCAACAAUCCUAACAUGGUAGUCUCGGGUUCAACUGAUGGCCUGGUAAAUGUAUUCGAUAUUAGUGUUGAUAAUGAAGAAGAUGCACUGGUUACAACCUGUAACUCCGUUUCAUCAGUAAGCUGUAUUGGUUGGUCUGGGAAGGAUUAUAAACAGAUCUCCUGCAUGACACAUGGUGAAGGAUUUUGUUGGUGGGAUCUUAAUCAUCUGGAUACUGAUGAACCAAUUACAUGUUUGAACAUCCAGGAUGUCAGAGAAGUAGUUAAUCUGAAAGAAGGUAUUUUGGACUAUUUAAUUGGUGGCCUAUAUCAUGAAAAAAAUGGACAAAUUGUUGUUGUUGGAGGAACAAACACAGGAAUUAUUCACUUGAUGAGCUGCACUAUAUCAGGAUUGAUCCAUGUGACCAGCCUUCGUGGAGGGCAUGCUGCUACAGUCUGUUCUUUCUCUUGGAAUAUGCAGGAUGAUUCUUUGCUAACCGGAGAAGAAGAUGCACAGUUGUUACUUUGGAAACCUGGAGCAAUAGGGAAGACAUUUACAAAGAAAGACAGCAUGAAAAUAGCAUCCACUGUGUCCCAGCGAGUUUGAGUUCACAGUAAUGAUUCUUACAAGAGAAGGAAAAAGCAGUGAUGUUAUGUUGGGAGUUUACUUGAGAGGCUUUAUAGUUACA